AUGCCACAACUAGUACCCUUUUAUUUUAUAAAUCAAGUAACAUUUGCCUUUAUCUUAUUAAUAGUGAUGAUAUAUGUCUUUUCAAAAUAUAUUUUACCUAGAUUUGUUAGAUUAUUUAUUUCUCGUGUUUUUAUAAGCAAAUUAUAA